GGAUUCCGGCGUGGCCUGAUAACCCCAGACGCCUCAAAAAAGUUACGGUUGUGUUAACAUUCAAACUAUCCACCUGCACAUCCUGGUUUAUCGCUUUAUCUGCUAACGCUAUGUCUUGCUGCGCGACGCAACCCCUUAAACUUGCAGCAACGGCUCCUCCGUAACUGUAGCUCUAUAGUGAAGAAACGCUGAUAGAAGUUGACACUCGCUUUCAUAUUGCCUGACACCGUGGAGCCAUGGCAGACGAGGGCCUUACCUGCCUCUCCAUGCACCAGCCUUGGGCAUCUCUGUUAGUCUAUGGCAUCAAGCGAAUCGAGGGUCGCACAUGGGACAGCACCCACAGAGGCAGGUUGUGGAUCCACGCGACCUCAAAGGAAGUGGACCCGAAGGAUGUGGAGGAGCUCCACGCCUUCUACACGCAGGUACACGGCUUGGAUGGCCGGGUGCCGCAGUUCCCGCCCGCCUACCCGACUAGCGUGCUGCUGGGCUGCGUGGAGGUGGUGGACGUGCUGCCGGGAGCCGCAGUGGAGGAGUGGCCGGGGCUGCCGGAGUCGUGCCGGCUGGAGGUGGGCGCGCCCUUCUGCUUCCUGUGCCAGAAUCCCAAGAGGCUGGUGGUGCCGCAGCCCCUCAAGGGCCAGCACAAGCUCUGGCAGAUACCCCGAGCCACCCUCAAGGUGGCGCUCCAGGGGCUCCGCGACCCGCCGGGUCUGUCGCCCUUCUCCUGGCGGGACUUUGGUGACCCACGGGUCUUGCUGGCCCCACCGCCCACACAGCCACAACAGCGGCGGUCGCAGCGACAAGCCGGAGGGACGGAAACUGCUGAAGGCGGAAAGCCCUCAGGGGCAACACGUUCGGAGGAAGGGAAGGCGAAGGAGCUGGAAUCAGCUUCUCAUAACGGAGGAGCGGAUACGGCAGCGGCAGCAGGGGCAGGCGGCGAUGUGGGGUUUUUAGAAGGUAGCGCUGCGGAUCUGGAGCGGCGGCUCAGAGCGGUACGGAAGAAGUUGCGGCAGGUUUCAGAUUUAGAGGCAUGCAGUGGCACUGCUACUUCCUUGACGCCAGAGCAGAAAGCCAAGCUGGCUCGUGCUGGGGAGUGGCGGCGAGAGGAGCUGCUGCUGCAGGAGGCUUUGGCGCGCGGGGCAGCGUUAUGAACAGGCGGGGUCAACAGGAGCAGGAAUACGGUUUAGUUUCCGUUUAUGGCCCGGUCUUACGUGACUUUUCUUGCAAGUACGGGAAGCGGCCAGCGCUAGCAGAGGCAGUGGUGUUGUGGCGGCUGGUCAGAACCGUGAUCCGGUCGUGAGCUGCAUGGUAACAUACAUGAGACAUACGGUACAUGAGGUGGGCCCGAAGGGACCUGAACACGGCUUCAUCGGCGUCUUGCGGUAACUUUGGAGGA